UCAGGAAGAGUUGGGAAACAUUGUGGAAUUCUGGAAUCUACAGUAAAAGAACUGAGGAAUAUUUUAAAGCUUGACAAAUGCAUUCCAGACUGGAAAACUGCUGCAUUAUUCCUCCUCCUCCUCCUCCUCCUUCUUUAGAGAACUGACUUCUUAAAACCGAGGUAAGAAAGGAGAAUAAGCUGUAAGAAAAUGCUGGGAUCCGAACGUGGUGUGGUGGAAGAAUGGCUAUCAGAAUUCAAGGCAUUACCUGAAAAUCAAAUCUCCGGUUAUGCAUCAACGUUGCACCGGAAAAAAUCACUGGUGCCAGCUCUUUAUAAGGUUAUUCAGGACCCAAAUAAUGAGCUUCUGGAACCUGUCUGCCACCAACUCUUUGAACUCUACCGUAGUUCUGAAGUUCGACUCAAGAGGUUCACGCUGCAGUUCCUGCCAGAAUUGAUCUGGGUUUAUCUGCGUCUUACUGCCAGCAGGGACAGACAGAGUAACGGUUGCAUUGAAGCACUGCUUCUUGGGAUUUACAAUUUGGAAAUUGCUGACAAAGAUGGGAACAACAAAGUUUUAUCUUUCACCAUCCCUUCGUUAUCCAAGCCCUCAAUAUACCAUGAGCCUUCUACUAUUGGAUCCAUGGCUUUGACUGAGGGAGCCCUAUGUCAACAUGACCUCAUCAGGGUGGUUUAUAGUGAUCUUCAUCCUCAGAGAGAAACCUUCACUGCACAGAACAGGUUUGAGGUGCUCGGCUUUCUCAUGCUGUGCUACAACUCUGCUAUUGUCUACAUGCCUGCCUCCUCCUAUCAGUCACUUUGCAGGAUGGGUUCCAGGCUUUGCGUGAGUGGAUUUCCACGGCAGCAUGAGAAACGCUGGAAAGAAUUCUGUAACAGAGUGGUACUAGAUCCUGACUUUAUGGUGCAACUGCUCACAGGUGUCUAUUAUGCCAUAUAUAAUGGACAGUGGGGUCUUGGCCAAGAGGUAUUGGAUGACAUAAUUUACAGAGCACAGCUUGAACUUUACUCUCAGCCACUGCUGGUUGCAAAUGCCAUGAAGAACUCGUUGCCCUUUGAUGCCCCUGAUAUGUCGCAAGAAGGCCAGAAGGUGCUGAAGGUGGAGGUUACUCCUACAGUGCCCAGGAUCUCUCGGACUGCCAUUACGACAGCUUCCAUCCGUCGCCAUCGCUGGAGGAGAGAAGAUGGCUUUGACUUCUCAAACGAGGCUGACUCAAGCAUUCCUGGCUCCCCGAUCCAGCACGGCUCCACAGACCUAGGGAUCAAACGUGAGCAAGAGGGGGAGGUGCUGGUGCGCAGGACCCCUGAGCAUGGCUCACCGGAGCCCACCUUGACAGCAGCCACAACAGAGGAUACUGAGGGUAUAAAUGGAAGAGAGGAAUCCGUGAACCUCAAUGAUGCUGAUGAAGGAUUUUCAUCAGGAGCUUCCCUUAGUAGCCAGCCAGUUGGGACCAAGCCUCUAUCGUCCACAUCCCAGAGGGGCAGUUUAAGGAAAGCAGCAAGUGGGCGUUCAGCUAAGGAUAAAGAAACAUCAUCUGCCACUAAAUCCAAUGAGAGCCCUCGAGAUUCAGUAGCUCAGAAGCAGCACCUGCACCAACCAACUGACCUUACUGCAGAAACAAUUGAGAUGACACCUACAAAGAAACACCUCAGCCUGCCUGCUGGGCAGGUGGUACCAAAAGCCAGUAGCUUGAGCCUAAUCCGGACCGCCAGUGCUUCCUCCAGUAAAUCAUUUGACUAUGUGAAUGGUGGUCAAGCAGCUUGCAUUGUUGGGGUUGGCACUGAGGGUGUUACUAAUCUAGCAGCUGGCAAUUCCAAUCGGUUUUCAACUAUCAGUCUACAGGAGGACCGGCUAGGCCAAGCUGGGGAAGGUAAAGAUCUCCUUACCCCAGGGGCUCCCCUUACCAAGCAGUCUCGAUCCCCAAGUUUCAAUAUGCAGCUGAUAUCCCAGGUGUAGCUUUGACUCCCCUCUUCCUCUUUAACCAACAGACAGUUCAUCCUUGGGCAAAAACAAGAACCUUCAUCCCACAGUGUGAAAAUACUGACCAUUGUGAUCUCAUUUGAUUCAGUUUAGAUAUCAUCCUGUAUUUUGUAUGAAACAGCAAUAAAUCUCCCCUCACUCCCAGUCCCCACCCCUUGUGAACAUGGUUGUGAAGCCGUAUAAAAUGUAUGCCUUUUCCACACCUUCCUUUCUCCUUGGGUGAUGUGCAAUCCAUCGUAGGCUGAUCAGUCCCAUUUCAACACUGUGAGACUAGUGAUAUUGGAGGAAAUGGUGAAUGUGAUCCCUAUGAGAUGAUGCUUUGGCUUUGUUAAGAAAUAGAAACGGGUUAGUUUUAUCAGUCUAUAGUACUGCAAAGACUACUGGAUCAUGAUUUUUCUUAGAACCAGGAGUGCCUCAGAGAUUCUAAUGUGACUUUGGACCUCUCUGAGUUUGUGCAAUCAAUUCUGGGAGAGGGGAAUGUCAUUGUUGCUCCUGGCUGACCAAUGCACUUUUCCAUUAAAAUGAGAAUUGUUCUUUUCCUUCCCCACCCUCCCCUCUCCUACUUCUGAAACUCUUCCUGCUCAACAGUGGAGGCAUGCCUAUUACCAAGUCGUUGCCCCUCAGAUAAAGAGAGGGCUUGUAAGUAGAGAACGUAGGUCACAGUGUACUACUUAUGGCGUUGUAGCCAUAUUUAUGUUAUAUGUCUUCCCCUCCAGGACACAGGGUCAUUCUGCUUACACACUGGAAUUUGGAAAGGCCAAACCUGUUGAAAUAAUUCAAAAGUGGGAAGGAGAGACACACUUUCCCAGAAGUAAUUAACUACUAGCUCUGCUUCUAUUUGUGUGAGGUGAUGAUCACUGAAUUGAAACAAGCGCAUCUUCAGGUAAACAGAGGGAUUCUCAGGCUGCAUUCUAUGGUAUCAUAGUUGUUAGGGAGCCCCUCCUGCUUUCUAGGUGUUCCUAGCUCAGUCACAGCAUAGAUUAAGAAAUCUGUAGUCCAGACAUAAUCCUCCAAGGAGAUGCAUCAGGGAUUGAGAUAAUGGUUUUGCUGGAAACACUGAAGCAUCAAUGUGCAACACUUUCUAGAAACAAUGUUGGUAUAACGGGGUAGUCUUUUCUCCCAGAAGGACCACACUUCACUGCCUUUGUAUUUACAAUCCAUUGCAUUUUGUAAAUAUCUGAUCAUUUUGCUGAUGGAGGCAGGCAAUCUCCUAGAAAACUCUGAACUCAUGCCAUUGAGCCAAGUCCUGAAUCUAUGUGAUUGAUGUAUGGGCAGCAAUUGCUACCUAUGCUAGCGAUCACUACUUUAAAGUACAUUUCUGAUUACAAAGGAGGAUGUCCAUCAUAUUUUAGCCUGUGUCUUUCUUUGGAUAACUAAGGAGAAAAGAGGAAGUCUCAGUCUUUUUUCUCUACUCUGUUGUGACCUGGAAGUUUACAGGCCAUUAACCCAUGGAACAGAUUAGAGUUACAUUUUUUUCAUUAUGUAGGCACUUUUGUUUUAUAAUUUUCACUGUGAAAAAAUAUAAACAAAUGGCUACAAAUAACAGGCUAUCUUCUGAUUUAUAAAGAUUGUACGAAAUUCAGAACUAAAAUGGCAUUACAUUGCUAGUGGUUAUUUUAAUGGGUUGGUUGUUUAAAUGUUGUUUUGAGCUUUCAAUUCUUUUCUUUUUAACACCCUCGUUUCAAGUAGCAUUUUUUCAAAGUGACUUUCAAACUUAUAAACAGGUAAAGGAAGACAUUUUUAUGGUUGAAUGAGUUACUUGGUCACUUAAUCUUCAUAUUUCACAUUCAAAGAGGAAUGAUAACAUUAAAAAAAAAAAGAAAUAUUACUAAAGAUAAAUAUAAUUUCAAAUUGAUAAGGACCAAUCAUUCCUUUAUAUUAGUUCUUGAGAUGGAAAUGUAAGUCAGACGGUCAGGCUAGUUUUGGAAGAAUCCCAAUAUAUUUUUUCAAGUGUUUAUUUUGUGUGUAUGUAUGUAUGUAUAUAUAGUAGAGGUAUAUACAAAAAUAUACAUAGUGAUGUUUGGUAGGUCAGCUAUAGAGGUUCUAUAUUUUCCACGGUUAGUUUUCACCUAAGGGAUUUAUAACUCUUCUAAAAAUUUUGCAAACAAGUUUCCAUAUCAUGAUCCAUUUCUUUUACAAAAUGCAGUUAAACCAGUUCAGCAAAAUGAAAUAGUCCUGUGAUUUCAAAUGGGGAGUCAAAUAUGGGUGCUCAAAUUUGAAGUUUUAGUCACUUUUUUAAACCAGUUUUGCAGGUAUUUAGUCCUUAUUUUGGUGGAGUGCCUUUUGUUAUAUUUUAUAAAUCUGUUAAGUAUUCGUUAAUCUGCUUUUGUGCGUAUAUGCACACUACUUUCGCUAUAAUAUGCUUUUUGAUAGAGUUCAAAUUCUGUCCCUAUUAACAUCCUAGAUGUUCCACACUGUGGACUGACAUGAUACAUAAUAACUUGUCCAAAGGAUCCUUUGAGUGCUUCGUGUCAGAUGUUCACUGAUCAACCUCUCUAUGUUCUGGAAUGACUCAUCCAUUAACACAAAUGAAGCAGCCAUUAUAAUGUGUCAUGUCAGUGCUAUAUAUCAUUAAUGCUUUUAGAUGUGUCCAUCAAUCCAUGUCAAGGUAGUUGUGAAAUAUGAUGUACUGAGCUUCAGUGAACUUCAAAGUACUGUGGCAUUAAUUGAAAUGGAAAUGCUUGGGAUACAAACAAAGAAUAAUCAGAGUUGACUUUGGAGGGUAUUGUAUGGUACUGUUAAACUAAGUACAAAACUAUUAAAAUAGGUUUCUGACAAAGAUUUAGACUUAAGUUCUUUUUCCUUACCUCACUCUAUUGUCUCUCCGUAAUUAUAAUGCAUUUGGUAUGUAACAUCAUGCACUAGUUUUAGACCCCUGCAAUAGUUGAGUACAGUUGCAGUAUACAAAAGGUCAGAAUGUAGAAUACGACAUUCCUCCUUAUCUAAGAUAGUAUAUAUGCACAAAUCUGAAGUGGAGAACCAUGGGUACUGUAGCUAGGUGUAGAUACACAUUUAAGUAAGGAUAAAUGUAUUAUCCCUUGAUUUUAGCAUAACUGUGUACAAUAAUAUGCUGGCAUUUGUAAUUUGUUUUUUUCCUGGGACUUCAUAAUUUAAGGAAAUAUAAAAUAACAGGCUUGCUAAUUAAAUCUUUGAUCAGCUUUUAAGCUAUUUCGAGUGGCAUUUUGCUUGAGCUGUGAGCCAUUUUUUAUGCAGGCAGCAAGAUGACAAGUAAUAGCUGUUUAAACGAAUGUUGCAAGUGAAGAUUAAAUACUCUACUACCCAUCCAUUUAGUUUAGUUUUCAGAAUAUUGAGACUUUAUACCUUAUUGUACAUCUCAAAUACCGAUUUGUGAUAUGACCUUGAAAAAGCUUUUUUAGGAGUGUGGAGCCUGUCCUUCCAUUCUGUAGCAGUGACCAUUUUAUCACACCAGUUAUGUAUUAUAUCAGAUAUUUGUAUGGUUUGCAAAUAUAAUAGUCUCAGAUACAUAAAUCUGGCAUUUACAAAUAAAUUCUCAUAUUUCUUACUAGCUUUUAAGGUAAUUAAAAUCAUCUGCGUUGACAUUGGAAUAGUGAAAAUACUGUUUUCUGACAAAAUAUUUUAUUUGCACUACUUUUGUGAAUAAUAGAAUGUACUGGGGCAGAGCUUUUUCUCACCAUGUGAGGUUUGUGUGUGGGUAGGUACAUACAUUGUCACAUGUUGACAAUCAGUUGCCUCAGUUGUGUGUGUAUUGUAUAUAAAUGUAAACAUAUUAGAAAUUUUUGGGGGUACGAUCCACUACUAAAUAGUGGCAAAUAAAAGGGGGUUGCUUUACUUUUUGGAUAACUAGUAAUUAAUUUUAAAGCUUAGUUCAAGGGGGAAAAAAUUCAAAAUAAUGAUAAAAGGUUCACAAAUAUAUUUUGAAGAUUAAUUUUGGAACAGAUUAUUCUACAUUGAGGCCAUUUUUAAAUCAACAGUUUAAACUUUUUUGUUGUUCCAGAUAAGCCAGUUGCUACCUGCUUUUAAGAUUUAAGGUGUUUUAAUUUUCUUAAACCUGGAAACAAUUCAGACAAAUGGAUUGAUAAGUAAUUUCAGUUUGAUUUUUUUAAUCAAAAAUAAAAAACUCUUGAAAAUCAAAACGACCUGAAGAUAGAAAUGACCAAAUUGACUGUUCAAAGAAAAUUUUGAAAUUAAGUUGUACAAAAUACUGUCCCCCUAAAUUGUGGAAAAAAGUGAUAAAUAGAAUGAGCUAAGCUGUUAUUUAUUAUGCACUGUACAAACAGAACAAAAAGACAGUCUUGAUAUUUUAAAUACUAAAUCAUACAAACCCUAAGUAGUUGCAAUCUAGCAUUGCCUAACUCUAAGACAUGUUACCUUAAUAUGCUAAACUUACUAUCAAGUGCAUUAGGUAUAUUCAUUGUAUCCAUUGGCAUUGUGAGAGUAGCAUUGUGGACAGUGAACAUGUAUUUUUAUUUCUCGAGUGAGGAACGAUUGCAGAACUCAAGGGGCAAAGCCAGAAGUAACCUGUGCCAGUCCAUUCCAAACACGUAAAAUAAAAAGGGCAAAUUCAUUGUAGUGUACAUGCACUGAGUAUUCAUCUUAAACCAGAUUAUACAAUAUUUGGUAUCUUGUUUGGUAUUUUAAAUGUAGUGUUUUGUUUCUAGGACCUGGGCCUUAUUGAAAAUUCCCUUGUUUCUCAUUUAUUCCUUAUGGCAUUUGCAUAAUCAAAGUUGUGCAUUGCCUGAAAGUUUAUUUAGAUAUUUUCUAUGGCUGAAGUAUAAAUGAACAUAUAAACCCUUCUUUCAAAAUUGUCAUAAUAGAUCAGCUGAGAGCCCAAUAUAUAUACCAGCCUAUUACAUUUCGAUGGAAGACAAUGGAGAGGAGUGGGGGAAACUGAUCCGUCACUGGUACAUCAAAACAAAACACCCCAAGUGAGUGUGAGAAUAAGAUUUCGCAAGGCUGGCAUACAUAUGUUCAUAUGACCAUUGCUAAUAUUUUUAAUAUGGCUUUUUAAAAUCCUACCUUAUUAAGCCGAGCUUGCAAAGCAUAAAACAGGAAGAAAGAAAAUAGCUGUAGGCACUUAAAUUAAUGAGUAAAUUUUACCUGAGGGUUGGCUAGGGUCAGUAUCUGCAAUAAGAAUAAGUUCCGUUUAUUUUGUAGUUAUCCCUUGAAGUCUAAUACGGAGAACCUCAGAUACAAUCUGGAUGAGAAAUGAACUUUAUUAGUGGACAAUCUACCCCAACCCAGACAGCUUAAUUCUAGAUUUAACUAAAUUAGAUGCAAACUGCUGUUUCUGUUUCAGGAUUUAGUGUGAUCCCUAUAGGAGUAUAGAAAAGCAAAUUCCUUUUUAUCUUUCCUACAUGCAUCAGACAGUAUACCAAGAGACCAUUAAGGGACCAAAUGUAAUUAAAAUGGGGUCCAUCCUUCAAAAAAUUGUCCCUUCUAAUGUAAAGGAUAGCUUUUCUAUUCCUGUGAGGAAACAUGGAUGGAAACAGUUGUACAGUUAUUUUGAGAUCCUGGACUACAUUUUGAGCUAGGACUUUGUCAACUAAUUAUUUUGUCAUGAAUGCCUAUUACAGGUUUACAAGCAGUGAAGUGUGAGUGAAUAGAGCAGAAGACCCCAGUAUUUUGGCUGAAUAUUUCUGUCAAACUAAAUUUCAAAAAAAAUUGAUUCCCAAACAAAAAAAUUAAUUGGUUCUAGAAAAAUCAAGUUAAUUACUGAAAUGUCUUCAAAUGAGCAAAUAGUUAUAUCGCGUCUGUAACACAAAUAACUAAUAGUUUAGAUGUACCCUCCAAUAAGACUAGACUCCUUUAUGGUGCUUUGUCACUGUAUCUUUAUUUCAGGUGCAGGACAAUUGAUCCUGCUAUUUCCCAGCACUGAAUAGGAAAUUUAACAGGUUGUUAGUAGUUUCUCUAAGUAAAUUUAAAUUUCUUCUCCUUGACAUUAUAGGACUUAGAAGUGACAGAAAAUAAGCUACUGAAAAUUUUCCCUCCAAUUCAGACCAUUCACUAGUCUUGCAUAUUUUUUGUUUAUGAAAAAUGUUACUAUCAAAAAGUACAUGGCUUCUAAUUUUCAGUCAAUAUGAGUUGGCAAUCACUCAGAAUAAAUUACUUGUCUUUGCAAAGUAUUCAUGGGUUUGCUAGUGUUCAAAAUGUUUGUGUUUGUGUGUUCAAAUAUGACUUGGAAACACUACAUUGCACUUUUCUGCAAGAAAACAGUAAAUACUUUUGGGCAAGGGCAUUACUAGUUGGUUAUUUAUGGAAUGAAACCAUGUAAUAAAGUAAAUAACCUUAAGGGAGUCAUUUAACUGGAAUCAUUUUUCCAUAUCAAGGACACCAGGCAAAAGCUAGUAAAGAUUUUGAAUAAGUAGAUCAUCUCAACACAAUACAUUUUGGACUUACUAUGGUAGCUUUUAUUUGCUAUAAGUAAACUGAGGUACCCUGUGCUGUAUUUUUUAAAUUUGUAAUAAAUUCCUCUACUUUACAAUGAAUCUUUUGAGUCUUACUGUUCGUGUAACAAAAUAGAAUUUGCAGUCAGUUUGACUAGCAAAAUGAAACAAUCUGCAAGGAUUGAGAUAGUAUUUUCUUACUGUUUCUGUCAUACAAGGUUUGUUUCUCUGGACUAAGAUUUCUGAAGGAUUUUUACUACUUUGGCAUUUUAUGUAAUUUUAUCAUUGUCACAAAAGGAGGACAGGCAGCAAAUAACCUACUUUCUGUGGACAAAUCUGUUUGGCAAAAGGGCUUGAAUUGUGUAGAUGCUCUUUUUUCACCAGUGUGUAACCCUGCAUGUUGGUAUGCACUCCCAAACAUUCAGGAUAUAGUGCUGGUGAAGAACUAAACAGAAUGGGUAGUAAAUGCAGUCUCUGUUGCAUGAUGUCCUUUAACCUGGGACCAGUGAAAAAUCUUCAUUCUUACAGAGCUGAAGAUAACACACAUUGAAGAUCAUGUUAUUGGUGCAUGUAAGCCAUUAUCUUAACUGUCUUACUGAAACUGGUUAAUGCUGUUUAUUGUUGUUGAAAUGUGAAAUGUAGUUACUGUUGACCUUGUAUAUAUUUGCCAGAGAUUAAAAAAAUAAAGAAUAUUUUAAAUCACUGUAAAUAGAGAUGUAUAAAAUGGAAAACAGUCUGCAAUGCAGAAUAUAUAUAUAUACAUGAUGUUAAAUAAAUAUUGUUUCUGGAUGAAUGUGUA